AUGUCGAUGGUCUUGAGGGACGGCGGAUAUCCCCAAAUGACUCACAAUGACUGGGAAAUUGUUCAGGCUCCAAAAGCUCAAGGCACUUGGAAUUUCCACAGUGCGACAAACUGCUACAGACUCUCCGAGAAAAUAAUCCUCUUGAUACCCCGUAACUGGCCAUUAUCAGAUCAAAAGUAA